CCGUCCACCUCCUCCUCCCUCGCCUCCGCCGUUUCCCCUUAACCAACUGAUGCUGAUGAUGUCACGCUUUUCGCGCUCGCAGCGGCGGAGGAGGAGGGCGACGAUGGCGCUCGCCGCCUGCAUUCUGUCGGAAGACCUUUGAUAUUUUCCAGAUCCGCGACGCUCUCGUGAGGAUGGACGGACGUGCAUUUCCCGACCGCGAGCAGCUCCUGCAGUUCCUGAGGAAGCUGAAAGAAGUGUUCGAUGUGUGUGACGAGGAUGCGGACGGUUACAUUCGAGUCGAGCAUUUCGUCGACCUCGGUUUGCAGUUCGGUCAAGGGAAUGACGAGGUGAAGAAGCUCGUCAAAUACCUGGACCCCAACGCACAGGGGAGAAUCAACUUCAAAGACUUCUGCCAUGGAGUCUUUGCCAUCAAAGGCUGCGAGGAGAUCCUGAAGACGGCUUUGGGCACGCGCAACGUCACCCCGCCGACCUACAAGACGGACAAUGGCUACUACUACCAGGAGGGCGUGGCGGGGCUGGUCCGGCCGCUGGUCAUGUGCACGCGGUCGUACCCGGGGUGUCAGCUGUACCCCGAGGAGGAGGGGCCCCGGGACCGCGACGCCCAGGAGUCCGACAUGGACAGCGCCCCCGGCUCGGACGCCUCCGACGGCGGGCUGUCCCACGACAAGGAGGACGGCCUCGGGGGCUUCUUCCUGCCCGGCAACAGUUCUGGUCACCUGAUCCCCUCUGUGACUUCGGCACGCUCCUCUGCCUCCCUCCUGUCCAAUGAGGAGCAGUUUGAGGACUACGGGGAGGGCGAGGACGUGGACUUCACUCCCAGCAGCCCCUGCCCCGACGAGGAGAUGCACACCAACGGGUACUCUGACCUGGGCUCCUCCGUGCCCUCCAGUGCGGGCCACACCCCACAGAAGAUGCGGCACCUGUACUCCUCGGAGCCGCUGGACGUGUACUGCUCCCAGUGCUGCAAGAAGGUCAACCUGCUCAACGACCUGGAGGCGCGGCUCAAGAACCUGCGAGCCAACAGCCCAAGCAGGAAAAUAUCCAGUACUGCCUUUGGAAGGCAGCUCUUCCACCACAGUAACUUCAGCAGCAGUAAUGGCAGCACGGAGGACCUGUUCAGGGACAGCAUCGACUCCUGUGACGUGGACAUCACUGAGAAGGUGACUUACCUGGAGAAGAAGGUGACAGAGCUUGAGAAUGACAGUCUGGCAAACGGGGAUCUGAAGUCUAAGUUAAAGCAGGAAAACACACAGCUGGUGCACAGGGUGCAUGAGCUGGAGGAGCAGAUUAAAGAUCAGGAGACGCGGGCGGAGCAGGUGUUGGAGGAGGAGCUGAAGCGGCACAGGGAGGCCUACAGCAAGAUGGAGCGCGACAAGAUAGCGGAGAUAGAGCUGCUUAGCAACAGGGUCCAGCAGCUAGAGGAGGAGAACGGAGAGAUGAAAAUAAACGUGUGCAGGCUGAAGUCUCAGACGGAGAAGCUGGAUCAGGAGAAGCAGCGAAUGACGGAUAAGCUGGAGGACACCAGCCUGCGGCUGAAGGAUGAGAUGGAUCUGUACAGGAAGAUGAUGGACAAGCUGUGGCAGAACAGACACCAGUUUCAGAAAGAGAGGGAGGCCAUGCAGGAGCUGAUAGAGGACCUGCGCAGGGAGCUGGAGCACCUGCAGCUUUUUAAACUGGAGACGGAGAACCCCGGCCAGGGGCGUGGCCUCUCGGAGUAUAACGCCAAGGCCCGCGAGAUCGAGCUGGAGCAUGAGGUCAAGCGCCUCAAACAGAACUUUGUUCCCAAGGUUACCCCCCCUGAAUUCCAGCACCUGGUGUCUGCAGGGGCGUGGCCUCUGCCUCCCGGGAUGGAGAACCACAAACUGCGGGACCAGAACGACGACCUGAACGGUCAGAUCCUCAGCCUCAGCCUGUACGAGGCCAAGAACCUGUUCGCCACGCAGACCAAGGCCCAGUCGCUGGCUGCCGAAAUCGACAACGCGUCCCGCGACGAGCUGAUGGACGCCCUGAAGGAGCAGGAAGAGAUUAAUUUCCGCCUCCGGCAGUACAUGGACAAGAUCAUCCUGGCCAUCCUGGACCACAACCCCUCCAUCCUGGAAAUCAAGCACUAGGAAGAGGAGCCACAUCUUUUACAUAGCGCCCCCUGCUGCUCGGGGGUGUGAACUGCCCCGGUCACCUGGAACUAAAGUCAUUCUGUGUUUACAAGAGAAGCUUACGUAUACUGUAGAAAUCUAUGAAUCACAAUUUGUCUUUUAUUCCUCUUUUCUCAAAAUGUUACAUAUAUAUAUAUAUUUUCUGUUUUGUAACUGUAGUGUAAAAAAAAAAAAACAAGAUUAGACAUGACUGGAAAACUAUUAUGACUAGAAAGUAAUAUAUUUUAGAGUCGUGAUCCUGGAAUGAAAAAAGUGUAUCUUAGUCACAAUAUGGGAACAGAAUACAUACUACCUCUGAGUAUGUAGGUACAGUGAUAUACGAACCUGCCGUGUAUUUAUGAGGGAAAAGCAAUCUUCUAUGGGAAUGUAUAUGAGAACCUCCCUGACUGACCAUUAUAACCGGCAGUGACUGGGCUGUCAGUCAUUGAGAGCUGACCAUAGAGAGGGCGGGAGGGAGCGAGUGGGUGGAGUCUGAAUGUACGUCGUUUGGGAAGGCGAUGGCAUGUGGAAUAGCAUGAAGCGGGAACGUGGGUGGAAGAUCCCGGUUUGUCAUUUACGUCAGGAGGCUUUGGUGGUCAGGUUUUGUGUGGAUUUGCUGUCGUUUUUUGGGUCGGUCUGCCCCCCCGAACAGAAAAGAGGGACAGCGGAGACGUGGAGGGGUUUGAUGUAGCACCGGGACAGGAGGGCAAGGUCGCCUUAAAAUGACGGGAGCCAGACCGAAUGACGGUUUAAAGCAGGGGUCCGCAGUCUUAUCCAGAAAGGGCCGGUCGACAUUACCCAGAAUGCUGCAGGACUCUCCCACCUGUCACUCUUACUGAGGACACACUUUUAAAGCAGGGGUCCUCGGUCUUAUCCAGAAAGGGCCAGUGCGGGUGCAGGCUUUCGUUCCAACCAAUCAGGGUCCUUAGCAACGACUCCAGUGUUUGAUUAGUAGAAUCAGGUGUGUCACCGCUUGGUUGGAAUGGAAGCAUGCACCCGCACUGGUCCAUUCUGGAUAAGACAGAGGACCCCUGCUUUAAAAGUGCCUCCUCGGUAAGAAUGACACGUGGGAGAGUCCUGCAGCAUUAUGGGUAAUCGUGACUUACCCACUUCACUGGACAAAGACUUAAGGGUGUACCUGACCGAGUUUUGGAACUUGAGAAGCCAGCAGUGAGUGAGGGUGUUACUCCGGAUUGAAGAGACAGAGUGUGAACGAAAGUGAAGUGAAAUAAGGUUCAGGUGAGAGAGAACGUUACGUUGUUGAAGUAGAUUUUGUGAAGACCAGACCCGAAGGUCUCACCCGGGACUUGGCGUUAAGCUACGGGUGUGUUCUCAUGUUUGGUUUCCUCAGCCUCAAACCUGCUAGCCGCGGCGCGGGAGAUGCCGUCCACGGGAAGGCGCCUGAGUUUUGCGUAACGUGGCGAGCGGAUUUUGGGGUAAAUUUGUCGAACACUGCCGAUUUAAAGGAUAGGGAGACUGCGGAGUCCCGUUGUCCAGGGCGACGGGCCCUGUCCCGUACCUGACCCUCGCAGCGGAGGGUAACCGCGGAGCAGAGCCGCCGAUCGUCCCAUCGCUAAAAAUAAUGAGCUAUUUAACGUCCAAGCACAAGAUUUAUUUUUUCAUUUGUGAACCCAGUAGAUGUGAAUGUAUGAAAUGAGAGAAUAUAUAUUUAUGGCACUGUUAUACGUAGUUACAUGUACACAGAAAUAGGACUGGAAUGAUGGCUUUUUUUUUUUUGGGGAAGGGUUACAGUUUGUUUUGUGUUUAAAAAGGAUGGGAGGGAAAGAGGGAGAGAGAAACAUUUAUUUUUCACAGAGAUCUAUGUUGGAGAGUGUUAAAGUGAGAGAGUUUCACUUGGGGGGGGGCGGGAGGGCAGGGGGGCGGAGUAACCACAGCACCCUUGGACAGGAAGUUGCUGGAUCAGUGGAGGACAUUGUGGCCUUCAUUUAAUUCAAUCACAAUUUGUCCUUAACUUUGACUUUAAAAUAAAUGCAGGUGUUCGUUGCCCCAACCCCCACAGUGUGGGUAAAAGUUUAAAACUCCAGGAAGGGGCAGAUCUUGACUGAAUGCAGGCAGUCAGGGCUAGAACUUGGUCUCUCUGCCAGUGGGGUAAUGAGACGUAGUUUGACAGUGAGUCAGAUACGUUCCCCGUAUCAGUGAAGAAAAACCUGUGCGCAUUAGUCGUGACAGCCUGCGCUUGCUUGCGGCUCCCUCUGGUGGACAAACAGGGCGGUGCGGUCGAAUGGCCGAACUGAUUUUCUGCUUUGCCAUGGAAACGCACGGUCCAAUCACUUCGGGGCAGCUGAUGCAAGUGUUGCCAGUCCCGGUCUAACGGAACGGACUUGUUCAAUUACGAACGCCGUAAGCCCAAAGCCCCAAAUUCAAGGCUUUACAAGACAUGAGCCGUGUUCACGAAGCGUCUCUGAGCCAGCAGUACUGAUCUAGGAUCAGCAUCUCCCUGCCCAUAUUGUAACAUUACUUUACAUUACAUUUUAUUUGACAGAUUCUUUCACCCAAAGCGACAUACGAUAAGUGAAGGUUGUAGGAACAACUGCAGAACGCAGGUCAGUCGAGGUACAAUUCUCAUUAAGUAUCACUUAUCCGUAGCCAUGAACAUAAAGUCUGGUUCACACAGUAACCGUAGACUAAGUCAGUAAAGUCAUGGCAAGUCAUAAAUUAGAAGUGAGGCAUGAUUUACUAGAGAUAAAGAGCUACAACAUCAAGACGAAGAUACAAGUGCACUAUGAAAGUGCUGGAAGAUCCAGACACAAACGAUACAUGAGUGAUGCUCGAUUUGGAGUAACCCUGCAGAGGAGUAGUGUUAGAGUCAGUCAAGGGCAUUAUCCCCGUAACGUUAUCUAUUAUGAGCCAGAAGGCUGAACUGAUCCUAGAUCAGCUCUACUACUACCAAGAGACUCUUGGUGAAUACCUGUCCUGUGCUCACCUGUAUUGCUGUGAGCAAUGGAGGUCAUUUUAUCAGGGUGGGACAUACAGCAACAUCCCCUCCAGGUAGCCCAGGUGCUGUGGAUACAGGCUGUGGGUGGACCCUGUGCUGCUGACAAAGCUUCAAAGGGGCAGAGGUGGGCAACGAGGGAGGGCCGUGUCUGAUCCUGGUUUUCAUGCCGAAUUAAUUAAUGCCGUGAUUACUUAAAUUAGCCCUCGCAUUUACGCCGUCUGACAUUUUAGCUACACUUCUUGACAAGCGCAUGACUGACAGCUGAAGACUGUUCUUGUGUCCCCAGUGCGAAACGCGCUACUGUGAUCUAAUCUACAAGCGAACCAGUGUCGGUCCAUACAGCCAGUUAGCUCCUUUAGCCAGGGUAACUGGUGGAAACAAAAAAACCUGCAGACACACUGCCCCUCCUGAACUGGAAUUGCCCCACCCCUGUUCUAGAGAAACUCAUUUAUUAAAUUUAGUGGAAUAUAAUAAUUAAUAAAAUAAUGCUAAUCCCUUUUAUGUGUGUACAGAGUGUAUGGGUGGUAUGAGCCCUGUGAAAUGGAAAUGCUUGUAAAAUAACAAAUGUCACCUCGCAUUUUGACUUCGGGUCAUGUCAGUUCAUCAGUUGUGUUUGACACAGUAUUUGGAAAAGAAGGUUGUAAUUAGGGAGAAGUACAAUAAUAGCCAACUGCUGUAAACUGUGUUCUCCACUGUAUCAGAGUUAGUUUUGCGUCCUUGCACAGAUCCAAGGUUUGUUAGCACGUUGUUCUUUUUUUUUCUUCUUCUUCUUCUUCUGGUGUUUGUGCCUUUGUGUCUGAGCUAGUGUCUGUUUUUGUGUCUUUCCCCCCCCCCCCCUAAUGGUUUCCUUUCAAGAAGGCUUUUUGUUUUGUAAAUUUUUUUGCUUUCUAAUAUGCGUCUGGACACUUUUCAUGAAUUUGUAAAUGUUGUACAGAAAGUGCAGAGAUUAGUUUUAGUGUCACUCAUCUCACUUUUAAAGAGCGAAUUUAAAAACGUCUUUUUUACAGUUUUAUGAGGAAAAUGCUAGCGUCUUACUUGUGCUACUGAAGGGUGUACAGCACGUCUUUUAACCUGUAUCACUAUAUGAUAACUUGUAUCACUAUAUGAUAACUUGUAUCACUAUAUGAUAAAGCGUUGUUUAACCUCU